AUGAUGAAAACUCUACUACUAUUGACAUGGAUGACGGCCACUGCCAAAGCUCAGCCUCAGACUGGAAUCCCAGUCCACGACAUCGGGUUUCGCAGGGCUCCUGCAGAUAAGAAUGGUGCUGAUAAUAUCAGUGCUGCCACCACCUGGAACAACACUGAUGUGGCAAGACACAUUUGGCCCUACACACCCUACCGUGAAGCCAAGCUCAGGGGAAAGCUUGAGCAUCUCAUCAAGGACCAAUUGGAGGAAGCCAAUUCUGAAUUUGCCAGCAACCUCUUUAGCAUUUUGAUUCCUCAAGUGGUUCGAGCAGGUGGUAUUGGAUUCUGUGCAGCUCUCAAUCCAUGCACCCAUACCUAUGCUAUUGGACAAACGGGCAUCAUUCCAGAUGUGGGAAUUGCAGGAAUCAUCUUUGUCACCUUGGAUGCUGUGGUAUUCUCCCUAACCAAACAGUUGGGCAAAGAAACACUCAAUCGCAUGUGGGAUGGUACCGGGGAACCUGAAGAGAUUUUUGUGGAUGGGCACAUUGCUGUCCGUGGUACUGGAAGCAUGGGAAUAAAGUUUUCCCCUAAGGUUAGCGCAACGGUCAAUGUUGACCUUUCCUUAAUCAUUGACGUGGCUCCAAACAGCAGAAACAACGAAAUCGCACCCAACUCACAGGCAUUGAAAGACAACAAUGAUAAUAGUGAAAAUGUGGACUUUGAGAUACUCCUCUCUGGUGAACCUGGUGUCGUUUUUGAAGUGGUGAGCAGCUUGGGUGGUAGAACAGAGACCCAUACAGUUGACCUUUCGGGGGUUAUCACUGUAGAGGCUGACAUGUAUUUGUAUGUUAGUGGCGAAGAUACAAAGCUCAUGCUUGCUGCCAGUAUCAACGUCAUGCUGGGGGGCAUCUGUGGUAUGACCCCUCUUAUGCUGCAGUCAUUUGUGAGAUAUUUAGUGGUGACUCCGAAUUAG